UGAGCGUCGACUUUAAUCGCAAACCGUCACUCACGGUCAUGGCCAUCUGCCAUCAUGGGUUUUCGAAUUCGAAAAGCUCAGCCGUUGUACUCAAUUUGUGCUUAUCAGUCUCGCAAUAAUUGGUAAUCGAUAACGGUAAUGAGGAAGACGACUGGUCACAGUUUCACGAAUUAACUUGAGUUGGUCAGUUCGAAAUUAACGGCAAACCGAUGGAUUUCUACUACUUACCGGGAUCGGCUCCGUGUCGCGCCGUACAAAUGACAGCGGCCACCGUUGGCGUUGAGUUGAAUCCGAAGCUCGUUAAUCUGAUGAACGGCGAUCAGCUGAAACCUGAAUUUCUCAAGCUAAAUCCUCAACACUGUCUACCGACAUUGGUGGACGGAGAUUUCGUCUUGUGGGAGUCACGUGCCAUCGCGAUCUAUCUGGUGGAACAGUACGGAGACAGUGAUCAACUGUAUCCAAAGCAGCCCCGUCAACGAGCCGUGGUGAAUCAACGGCUGUUUUACGACGCUACGGUGCUGUAUCCACGCUUUGCGGAAGCGUUUUACCCGGAGAUGAAACUUCCGGGCGAGUCAGGACGGGAGAAAUUGGACCAAGCGGUGGAGAUGUUGGACAAGUUUUUGGAGGGGAAGCAGUUCGUAGCAGGCGGGGAUGGAUUGACGGUUGCCGACAUCAGCAUUUUGGCUACUAUGACGACGUUCGACGUGGCAGGUUAUGAUCUGGGGAAGUAUCGGAAUGUUGGCGAAUGGUACAAGCGGGUCAGCGCUGUGACUCCCGGAUGGAAGGAGAACAGAAGAGGCGCUCUGCAAGCUAUUUUGUAUAGGGAUUUCUUCGAGGUGUAUUACCCGAAGUAUUUUUCUGGAGAGAUGCUCGGAUGUAAUGAAAUGGAUUCUGCGGAACUACUCAAGUUCUUAGACCAGUUUCUAGACGGUAUGAUGUUUUUGACAGGUGAAACAAUGUCCUACAUGGAUCAACAAGUCAUUAGUAUGGUUAAUAAGAUUGAGGAGACGGGAGUUAAUAUGGGCUUAUAUCCUAACGUUCUAAGUUGGACGACAAGAAUCAAAAGCUACGCUUUGAAAUAGAAGUUUGUUAUUACU